UCAGAACUCUUACCGAGAGGUUUAACUAUGUGGUUUGUGCAAUUGAGGAGUCAAAGGAUAUAGCUACUUUGUUUGUAGAUGCACUCCAGAGUUCACUUUUGGUUCAUGAGUAGAAGUUGAAUAAGGGCAGGAGUGAACAAGAAGAUCAAGCCCUAAAACUGGUAGUUGAUAGAAGAGGUCCAGACCGAACAUAUAAUCAAGGCAGAGGAAGGUGUCGUGGCAGCAUGUGGACAAAAGAGACAGUAGAAUGCUUCCACUGUCACAGGUUAGGUCAUUGCAAAUUUGAGUGUCCUGAAUGGGGUCAACACGCUUUCUGUAUCAGUGGUUCCACUAAUCCUCAAGCUCAUAUGAAAGAAGAAGAAUUGUUGAUGGCUUGUAUUGAGUCAGAAGAGAAGGAAGUUGACACGCUUUCUGCAUCAGUGGUUCCACUAAUCCUCAAGCUCAUAUGAAAGAAGAAGUAUUGUUGAUGGCUUGUAUUGAGUCAGAAGAGAAAGAAGUUUCAGUCCCUAUGAGUUUAAGAGAACAUACAAAGAAGAGUGCAUCAUGGUGGUUUUUGGACUUCGGUUGUGGCAACCAUAUAUGUGGUAACAAACAAUUAUUUAAUUGCAUUGAUACUUCCUUUACUUGCAUUGUUAAGCUAGGCAAUGGUACUAGAAUUCAGGUGCAAGGAAAGGGCACCGUGAGGAUGAAGGUGCAAGGAAAACAGUGAUGAUUGAGAAUGUGUUUUAUGCCCCUGGUUUGAGAACCAAUUUAUUGAGUGAUGAUCAAAUGCAAAAGAAGGGAAUACCAAUUCUUAUUCACCAUGGAAUCUGUAAAUUCUUCCAUGAUGAUAAAGGCUUCCUUUUUCGUACUAAAAUGAAGACGAAUGGCAUGUUUGUUUUGCAUUCUGACCUUGUUUCUAGCAUGGAAUCAAAAUCUCAGUGUUUGCUAGCUUCUACAGUUUGUAAGCAGAAUCUAUAUUUGAGGCACAACUCAUUUAGAGGUUUAACAAAGAUGUACAACAAAAGAAAGACACGAGAGCUGCCCCAAUAUGAAGUAUCAAGGGUGUGUUUCCCACUUGAUGAAGGAGUGUGUCUAGAUUCUAUGAUAGAAGCAAAAACUGAAGAAGCUCAUUCACCUUCAUCAGGAUCAUUGAUUCAUGUAAUAGCAACAAGUGUUUCAGCACAUGUAACUGCGCGUACAAGUUCAUCUGUCGACGAAGGAAAAGUUAUGGAUGAAACUGAUGGUCUUGGGCUGCAAGCAGCUACGAUAUUGGAAGGUGUAAGAAGGGGUAACUGGAGGCAGGAAAUGAGGUUUUUGUUUCAACUUAUUGAGAAGAAUGAUCUAUGGCAGCUGUCAAGAGUUGAGAAGAUAGGAGCCAAGUUGAUCGGCGAUGUGUAUGUGAUGCAACCACAAGAAGUUGUAGUUGUAGGGGAGGAAGAGAAACCACAAGAAGUCGUGGUUGUAGCAGAAGAGAAGACAAACUCAAUGUUUAUGGUUUUAUACAGAAGCAUGUCACUAGAAGUCAAAAAAUCUGUGGAAGUUGAAGCUGAGAUGUGGCCACAAGAAUUCAAUGAUUUUACACAGGCUGUACAUGAGAUGAAUGUGUGUGGAAUGAUGAGAUAUCUCCCACGAGCUGAAGAUUUAAGGUGUUUAAUUUGGUAUUCAGUUGGCUUCAUCAACAUGGUUUUUGGCGGAGUAGAAGUGAUCCAUAAUGACAAGGGAAUCUUUAUACUUGAUAUAAAGUAUAUAACUAUGAAGCUUGCAAGGUUUCAGUUGCUGUGCAGUAAUGCUAUGCUAAUUCAAAUCAUGUUGGGUUUCAAAUUUACAAUUGGAGAAAGUGGAGUAUUAAUCAUUAACUUGCAGGUUGCAAAGGGAGUAAUGACAUAUCUAAUGGGAAUUGUGGAAUUAGCUACUUGGUGCAGAAGAGGUGGGGAAGAGGAAUGCUUGAUGAGAUUCAUUAAGCAUAGUUAUGCUUAUGAUGUGGAUGCUUGGACAAAGUCAAUACAUUAUCUUUUGUUCUUGAUGCAAGCUGUAGUGUCUUGGAAAUUGUCCACCAUAGAAAUCAAGUAUGUAGCAGCAGCUUAUUGUGCAACAAACUACAACUGGUUGACAAGGAUUUUGAAGGAAACGACCAGUUGGAAGGGAAGUAUGGUUGAAGGGAUCGAAAUCCAUUGUGGUAUAAGGUCUAUCAUCAAGAAGUUUUCAAAUCCAGAAUUCAUGGCAAAGUAAGCAAGUGGUUGUUGGUUUGCUACUCCUUAAGUAAGAGGAUUAAUGAAGUGGCGAUGAAGCUGGAAUCUUGGAAUGUCAAAGUUCGAGUAAAUAAAGGCACGAGAAUACGCAUGAAAAGUGAGAAAAUGGGUUUGAGUUUUUCUCUCUUUAGCAAUCUGACUUGUGUUGAUAACUGGGAAGAACAGGAUACAUGUGUUGAGAACUGCAAAGAACAUAAUGCAUAUCAUAUCAAAAGCAUUGGAACUAGUCGGAUCUUUGAAAGGAUACACGGAGAGCUGGAGAUGGGCAAAGAGGAUUCGUUGGAGAAUAUUGAUAUGAUAAUUGAUGCUGCAAAUUCUGAAGUAGUACUGCGAAUUCUCAAGUUACAAUUGUUGUUACUGGUAGGAAAUCCGAUGCUACUGUUUGUGGUUAAACUGAAACUUGAAACAUUUUGAGACUUAGUUUCUUUUCUCCCAUUUUUGACAAAAUCACGGUGGUCAGUGAUCUCACGAGUUCAACGACGUCACGAGUUUAACAACAUCAUUGUGGUUAACAAAGUCAUAAGUCCAACAAUGCUCAAACAAUAUCACGAGUCCAACAAUGUCACGGGUUCAAAUAGUAACGGUGUUCCAUAAGAAACAAUAUCACUACAUAAGCGACUUCACAAUAUUACUUGGUCACCACGUUGAUGGGUUAGCCAAUAGGGUGUUUCGAGCACGUGUUUUGUUAGAGUAACAAUUGUUUUCACAUGGGACUCGCAAGAAGAAGAUUAAAGACCGGGGAUUCAUACAGUAGUAGACGUGGGUAAAAACAGGUUGGUUUUGCGACGACGACAAAGGAGUUUUCUACAUGUAUUAGUGGAAAGACAAAAGGGAUGGAGAGAACAACCAAAUCAACAUAAACAACUCGAUCUCGUUUAUUUUGUUCUUUUGUAACUCCUAGUUGCUGAACUCUCCUUCCAUGAAAAGUUCUCCAUAGGUGUAGGAGUAGUUGUAGUCGACGAGCUCUGUAAAGAAAUCUCAGUAGAGAUAAUCGUAAUUUAACGUAUAUUUACUAAUAUAAAACAAUCUCAUUCUAACAUUGUUUGAACGUGUAUGAACCGUAAUAGGUAAUUAUAGUUUGGUGUUAUUAGUCUGACUUUUCCAAGUAAACGAAAUAGAAGAGACAAAAAUUAAAAAGAUUUGUUGCUGAAUGAGGCAUUAAAAACUUUAUGGGAAAAAGAAAAACGAGGCAUCAGUAAUAUGCAUAAUGCAUAUGAUAUCGCACACAUGUCUAGUUUUCUACUAUUUGAGCUUAACGAUCGAAUUAGUUAGCACUUAACACAUCUCUUAAUCUCUGACGUCGUUAAUGGAAUAUUGACCGUAAAUAUACAAAUGGUGGAGUUCUCGAAUAUGAUGAUAGACGAACAAGAAUAAAUUGAUAGAUGAACAUGAACGCUUCUAUUUAGGGUGGGCUUGAUGGAUUCGGUCCAGAAUCAUAUUAAAUUGAGAUAGGAGCGGACUACAAAGAAAAAGAAAAUUGAGGAUCAGAAUUGAAUCUAGAGCUUGUUUGGUUUAUUUGGUUCGAUUUGAUCCGGUUCAAAUUCAAUUUUUAUCCAUUUUUAUCCUUACUUAAAAUAAUUUAUAGGACCAAAAUCUAAUCGAAAUAUAUUCGAUCCAAUCCUAUUCGGUCCAUAUAUUGAUUCGAUACGAUUCAGUCCGGUGUGAACUGGAUCGUUGCCCAACCCUACUACUACCAAGUUGAAAGAGUAUGCAAUUCCAAAAUGAAUGGUAUUUUUAUUAUCGUCAUCAACUUGGAAUAGAAUUGUUAAGAUCAC